AUGACAUCAUCUUCAUUAGUAUGUUCAAUUGAUGGUUGUAAACGACCUAUUACUUGUUUAUGUCAUCAUUGUCAAAAAAAUUUAUGUUCAAAACAUUUUAAUGAACAUCAAAUUCAAGUAAAUAAUGAAUUAAUACCUAUGACUGAUUGUCUUAAUGAAUUAAAGAUGAGACUUCAAAUUGAUGAGAAAACAGGUCCAUUAGCUAUGUUACAAAUGUGGCGUCAUAAAAAAUAUAAUGAAAUUGAUCAAGAAUAUAAUCUUGAAGUAGAAAAAUUAAAAAAGAAAAUAUCCAAAUAUGAUGAACAAAUCUCUGAAACAGUUUCUAAUAUACAAGAACUUAUUAAUGAAGGUGAUGCAUCUAUUGAUCAAGUCAAAGAAAUACAAAAAAUAAUUGAAACUAUAACAGAUCAAGUAAAUAAUCUUACAAUGAGUGAAUCGAUAGAAAUAAUUAAUGAACAAAAUUUACUUGGUACAUAUAUACGUAUGGGAAGUAUUCAAUAUCUUGUUAAAGCAAAAAUUAAAUGUAAUAAUAUAGAUUUAUAUGGAUUGGAAAGUGAGAGAUCUCUAGUAGGAUACGAUGGAUUAUGUCCACAAUGUGGUAAAGCUCAUGUUCUAUUCGAGAGAAAUCGAGGAUUUUAUGCUUUAUGUCAAACUCUUCAUACUCAAAUAUUUUUUUUUUCAUUCAUGGAUAUUGUAUUACAACAACAACCAACUUAUUUAACACCAACACAAUGUGCUCGUCAAUUUGCUGAUGAUCUUCUUGAAAAUAAAGAUAUUGCUAUAUCAAUGUCUCAUAUGAUGUCUCCGUCAUAUUUAAUAUCAUUAAUAAAUAUUGCUGAAAUGUAUUUAACAUAUGAACGAUCAUUAUUUUUAUCAACAGUAGCCGAAAUUGGUUUACUUUGUUCGAAUAAAUAUUAUGAACGUGUUCAUUAUUUUAUAUCAUUUCUUGAUGAACUUAUUGAAUUUCAUAAUGAUAUUAAAUAUAAAAUUUUAAUAGAAAAAUAUUUAAAUAGAAUUGUUUAUGCUGAUUUAACGGAUCAUUUUAUAUCAUAUCCAAUAAUAUUACAAAUUCAAAUUAUGGCUAUUAUUGAAAGUACACCAAUACUUCAUUUUCCAUUAAUACGAGAUGGAUCAGAAUCUGAUCAAUCAAAAAUUGAUUUAUUUCUUCAAGAUGCUGCUCGAUAUUUUCAUAAUAUUUCAUCACGUUCACUUUAUCGUCGAAUUGUCUUUCGUCUUAAUUCACAAAUAUGUUCUCAACAAUCAAUAUUACGUGCACUUAUUAUUGGUUGUAUAUUUUUACCAUUAACAUGUCAUGCAGCAUUUUUAGAUGAACUUUAUAAUUUAUUAUCUAAACAACCAAUUUUAUUAUCAUUAACAAAUAUGGAAACAUUUUUUCAUGUUCUAUGGCCAACUGGAAUUAAUCAAUCAUAUUCUGUACCACGAGUUUAUCUUUCACAAUUAUUAAUUGUUCGUUUAAAUAAUAUUCAAAAAUAUUUUGCACAAAUUAUUCAAAUUUGUUUUUUAAUACAUCUUCGUGUACCAAAUAUACGUGUUAAUCUUAUGGAUAUUAUUGAACCAUUAUGUGAAACAAAAGGUUUUCAACAAUAUUUAGAUCAACAACAACAAGAAUUUAAUUUGUCUCGACAAGAUGAUCAACAAAAUGUGUCUAUCUUAGAACCAAUACUUUGUCAAGUUCGUGAACGUAUGAAAAGAGGAUUUCGAUUAAAACAAUUAUGUCGAAUGAAAAUUCGAUCACAUCUUGCUAAAAAUACUAAUUCAUAUAUACUUACACAAGUUAAUCAAUUGAAAGAAUUAUCUGAUACAAAUAAAACUUAUUUAACAUAUAAUUUAGAAUUAUUACUCAAUGAUCCAGAAAAAUUUUUUGACUCAACACAACCACAAAAUGAACCAAUAUGGAAUUCAAGUAUUCCACCGCCACCAGUUAAUUAA